UUGUCAGAAACAAACAAAAUUUUGUAAUACUACUAGUGACAAUGAUAACGCUUUUCGUGAUAAACCUAGUGACUAUACUAAAGCGUGCGAUUGUACCCCACCAAAAAAACCUAUCAGUAUACCGUGUACGGAUAACAAAAUUUUGGAUGCGGCAACAUACAAACAACACCAAGCAAAAGCACAAAUGGAAAAAAACACUGUUGAUAAGGGUGGUACUGAGAGUAAGUUGAAAGGAAAUAUAAAUAACGCGCAGUUUAAAGGUGGAAAAAAAGGAAAAGAUGUGGAAGAUGGAAAUAUUUGUAAGCUUGAAAAGGACAAACACACAAACGAUUGGCGUGACUAUAGUGAUACUGAUAAUAGUAGUGGUAAAUAUCAUCAAGGCCCAUGUAGUGGAAAAGGUAAAGACAGAUUUGUCAUAGGAGAA